CGCACCGAAAAAGGGGUAAACGGCGCGGGGACAGCGCGCGUGUGAAACUUGUGGAAGGCGAUUGUGAUGCCGUGCUCGUCGCGAUGCUGAAUUCGAAUCCGAGUUUGCUGUGAUAACGCGAAGCUUUCAUCCCGAGUGCGCCCCGGAUGGUUCCAAGGACGGAAGCUGCAUCCCGUGGUGUGUGCGUCCGAUAAAGAAACGACGCAGCUGCCCCCUUUUUCUGGACUGGUUACAGGCGAGAGGAUUCACAAUUUAAAGGCUACCUGGUUUGAGCUCUCAGAGUUGGUGGCCAGUUCGCAAGCGUGUGGCGAAGUGGAGGCGCCCUGUAAAUGGAAAAAUGUACGUGCGUGCGAUGCUAAAGCUGUCGGGACACGCAACAUCAACCACAUCUCAAACUAUACACCCAGCAAGUGAAAUAAUUCCAAUAACAGUGGCAACAGCAACACCGCCACAACCGUCCGUCCAUGACCAGGUACGAUCGGUACGGAGUGUCGAGCGAAGCCCAGCAGAAACCAUCGGCACCAUUGGCCACGCUAAACGGCGGUGGUGUCGGCACGGUAACCAAGACAACGACGACGAUGACUGACGAGGAGGCGAUGCUGUUGGAGCGUGCGAACGCCGAGCGCGAGGAAAUCUUCCAGCGCUACGACCGAGGGCGGGACAACUCCAAUAUCGAUUCCUGGGAGGAUCCCCUGUUCGAGGUGUACACACAAGCCGAUCGGUAUGGUUUCCUCCAUCCAGAACAGCCGUCCACGGAUCCGACGGCCAGCAAGCAGUCCGAUAAGCACAACACAAGGGUUGAGAUGGAGCGGGUGAAGAAGUGGUAUAAGAUGCACCGAUCGUGGGACAGUGCGAGCACGAAGGAAAACCUCCAGCGACGCAUUAUGAAAGGCAUUCCGGAUCGUAUGCGGUCGGCAAUCUGGCGGCAGCUACUGGAGAUUGAUCAGAUCAAGCGUGUCCAGAAUGGACCGGUAUACGAACAGAUGCUGAUAGUGGCACGCGAGUGCAGCCCCGAUAUCCGGCAGAUUGAUUUUGAUGUGAAUCGACAGUUUCGUAACCAUAUUUUCUACCGCGAGCGGUACAGUGUGAAGCAGACUAGCCUGUUUCGAGUACUGGCCGCGUAUAGUAUGUAUAAUACGGAGGUUGGCUACUGCCAGGGCAUGUCGACGGUGGCGGCCGUACUGUUGAUGUACUUCGACGAGGAAGACGCAUUUUGGGCGCUGGAUGUGCUGCUGACGAAUGCGCGGUACGCCAUGCACGGUCUAUACAUCGUCGGGUUUCCAAAGUUGAUGCGCUUCUUGGCGCACCACGAUCGGAUUCUGGGCAAGUGCUUGCCAAAACUGAAGAAACACCUCGACAAGCACGAGGUGCAUUCCGUGCUGUACGCGUUGAAGUGGUUUUUUGUCAUCUUCAUUGAAAGGAUACCCUUCAGUUUGUGUCUUCGAAUCUGGGAUAUCUACAUGAUGUUUGGACAGCGUGUACUUACGGCAAUGGCGUAUACCAUACUAAAGAUGCACAAAACAAAACUGCUUCGCAUGAAAGAUAUGGACCAGAUAACGGAUUUCCUACAGACGUCACUACACAAACAGUUCGGCUAUGACGAUGACUCUGUGAUAAAAGCGUUACAAGGCUCAAUGGAUGAGCUUAAGCGGCUGAAGCUCCUAACGUUACAGCCACCAAGCAGCCCGAACGAACUGCCAUCUUUACCCCGCGGCCAGACCGUCGAACUUUCGACAAACGCUAUGAUUGGCCACCGAAAUGAGUUGUUUAAUGAUCGGGAAGUGGCUCUUAAGGAGAAGAUUGCCCUGUACCGUAGUGAAUCGAAGAAUGAGGAGGAUGAACAGUACAAUAAUGGUAAUCUUAAUGGAGAAUAUGCACAUGGCGAGGAAGAAGACGACGAGCGAACGGAGAAGGACUAUGAUGAUAUUACGGAAGAUACCGUAAGUCAACUGCAUACAGUUUCGGACUUGGAUGGAGGUAGUAGUAUCACGAAGCACUCACUAACCGGAACAUCCGUGACAUCAACCAAUGACAUCAGCAUAACGUCGUACGAACGUACCUGUGAUAUAUUCCGGCUAUCAUCGACACACGGAACGCACCAACAGCAGCUCAAUCAUCGCGACAGCCACCAUACGACGACAGUGCAGCUCCUCGAUCAGCUGGCGGCUCAACUUUCCGACGAGGAGCUAUCAUCAAUCGGGGCUGCCGUCGAGCUGAUGCUGGAUGGUGAAGACGUUGAAGUCAGCGAAGGAAUUGUCAAUGGCACAGCCGGUCAUCCGUCCUCCGUACUACCACAGGCACCACUUAUACUCGUAAACGACAGCACGAGGGGUGUUGGAGAAGAUGAGUCAUUGGUAACUGGCGGAUGUUCUAGUCCACUAUCCGGGCAUCAGGACGAACAGCUCCCAGAAGCUGCGGAACAAACUUUGUACAAUGGCAACGACGACGAAGAUGAAGAUGAGUUAACGGAAAAGCAGCUUUCGUAUUAGGUUUUAUUAGGCACUUCUUGGGCGGCCCCAGGCAGCUAUAUCGGAAUAAUAUGUUUUGGCUUUCUUUCUUAUCCUUUCACUAUGAACUACAACGCAUUCUAGCGGUCGUUGAUUUAAUUAUUUAUGAAUCGUAGUGAUUUGACCGUAAUUGGCGGAGUUUGCUCAACCAGAAUCGUCUCAGGUGGA